UUGAUUGCUUAGAUCCAACGUGCUCCAACCACGGAGUCUGUGUGAAUGGAGAAUGUCUCUGCAGCCCGGGUUGGGGUGGAAUAAAUUGUGAGCUCCCCAGAGCCCAGUGUCCAGACCAGUGUAGUGGGCACGGUACCUACCUGUCUGACACAGGUCUUUGUAGCUGUGAUCCCAACUGGAUGGGUCCCGACUGCUCCGUCGAAGUGUGCUCUGUAGACUGUGGCACUCACGGGGUGUGCAUUGGCGGAGCAUGUCGCUGUGAAGAAGGGUGGACAGGAGUGGCGUGUGACCAGCGUGUGUGUCAUCCCCGUUGUACGGAGCACGGAACUUGUAAAGAUGGGAAAUGUGAAUGCAGAGAGGGCUGGAAUGGGGAGCACUGCACCAUUG